ACUUAGCAACUUGACUGUUUGCAUUUGUUUUGUUGGUGUUGGUGAAAAGGUAAAAUGUUGUACUUAAUUGGUCUUGGUUUAUGUGAUUUAACUGAUAUUACUGUGAAAGGUCUUGAAAUUGUCAAAAAAUGUGAAAAAGUCUACCUUGAACAUUAUACUUCUGUGUUGUAUAAUGUAUCAGAUAACAUUGAAAAGCUUGAGGAUUUUUAUUCUAAAAAAGUUUUGUUAGCCGAUCGAGAAAUGGUCGAAAGCCAGUCUGAUGAAAUUUUGGACGGUUCGGUUGAUGGUGAUAUUGCUUUUCUGGUUGUCGGUGAUCCUCUUGGAGCAACAACCCACACAGAUCUUAUUUUACGCGCUAUUCAAAGAGGAAUUAAAUAUAAGAUAGUUCACAAUGCUUCAAUCAUGAAUGCUGUUGGUUGCUGUGGCCUUCAAUUAUACAAUUUCGGGGAAACUGUAUCCAUACCUUUGUGGACUGAAAACUGGAAGCCAUCUAGUUUUAUGGACAAAAUUCUGGCGAAUAAAAAGAGAGGACUUCAUACUUUAUGCCUUCUUGAUAUCAAAGUUAAAGAAAAAUCUCUUGAAGCAAUGAUGAAAGGCAAAGUCGCUUAUGAGCCACCUCGUUUCAUGAAAACAAAUGAAGCUGCAUCUCAAAUAAUUGAAAGUUUUGAAACUCUUGAUCAAAAAGAGUACGAUGGUGUAUUGGAUGAGUCCAGCUAUUGCAUUGGCCUUGCUAGAGUUGGAUCCGAUGAUCAAUCUAUUGUUAGAUGUGGAUUAUCCCAAAUGGUAAAUGAAGAUUUGGGCAAGCCUCUUCAUUGUCUCGUGAUUGAAGGAAAUUUACACCCUCUCGAAGCAGAUAUGUUAGCAUUGUUCACUAAAUAAUUUUUCUUGUUCUUUAUUUACACUUUGAGAUUUCUACAAUAUUUUGUUAUCCUGAGAUUUGAAUCUAAACAUCUAAUAAAAAUCAAAUAUGGACCCAAUAAAAUGUGUAACAAUAAGAUAAUA